AUGCGGGGCAUUUGUUUUUUUGCUGUUGCUGCACAUUGGUUGUUGUGUGUGAUGGCAAUUGUUGCUCGGUCUAGGAAAAGAAAACGAGUUGCAAUAAGGAAAGGGAUUACUUAUGCCCCAAUUCAUGGUUUGAGUGCUGCUAAUUGGGAUGAAGAUACCUGCACUAUAACUCUUGAUGAUGAGCACUACAAUAAUCAUAUUAAGGAUCACAAGUCUGAUGCUGAUUUUCUGAACAAGCCUAUUCAACACUUUGAGGAGAUGAACACAAUAUUUGGAAGUACCAUGGCUACAGGCAAGUUUGCAAAGGAAUCAAGUGCACCUCUAGGUACAGAGGAUGGCGGUGCAGAGGAUUGUGAGGCCGAGGAAACAGGAAAGAGUGAUGGGGAUGCUAUUGCCAAUGAAGACAACAAUGGGGCAACAUCAUCUGCAAACAAGACCAGCAAGAUUUGUAAGACCAACAACAGCAAGAAGAGUAACAAGAAUUUCAAUGAGACUCACUUAUCCUUCUAUUAUGCCCAUUUGGUCUCCCAACCUCACAUAGCUAAAGUUUUCAACAGCCUGCCUUUUGACCAUAAAUUAAACUGGGUUGCAAAAUAUAUUGCUGAAAAUUACUCUGGGCAGUAA